CACAAGAUUACACCUCAAGAAAGCCAAGAGAGAAAGAGACGCAAAUUGAGAAGUAGAGAAAACAAAGUCAACAUUGCACAUUGCAGAUCUUCCACAAUGGCAACUAGUCUGACAAAUUUACCUGAAUGGAAAGCCUUGCAAAAGCACCAAGAAAUUUCAAAAUCGUGGCACAUGAGGGAACUUUUCAAAGCUGACCCUGCAAGAUUUGACAAAUUCAAAUUGUGCCUGGAGUCAGAUGGCUCAUCAAAACUCCUUCUUGAUUACUCCAAAAACAUAAUCAAUGAAGAAACAUUGAAACUGCUACAAAACCUCGCAACUGCAUGCAAUGUUGAGCAAAUGAGAGACAGGAUGUUUUCUGGUGAUAAAAUUAACUUCACUGAGGACAGAGCUGUUUUACAUAUUGCAUUGAGAAAUAGGUCUAAUGCUUCUAUUAUAGUGGAUGGAAAGGAUGUAAUGCCUGAAGUGAACAAAGUCCUUGCACAAAUGAAAGAAUUUUCUGAUGCUGUAAGGAAUGGAGCAUGGAAAGGGUAUACUGAAAAAGCUAUCACAGAUGUUGUUAAUAUUGGCAUUGGUGGCUCUGACCUGGGGCCAUAUAUGGUGACAGAAGCAUUGAAGCCUUACGGAAAGGCCAAUUUGAAUGUGCACUUUGUUUCCAAUAUCGACGGCACUCAUUUGGCUAAAGCUUUGGCGCAUUGUAACCCAGAGACUACACUUUUCAUAAUUGCAUCUAAGACGUUUACAACGAUAGAAACCAUAACAAACGCAAACUCUGCAAAGGAUUGGCUUUUGAAGAAGGCAGUUGAUAAAUCUGCCGUUGCAAAACAUUUUGUUGCGUUGUCAACUAAUGAGACAAAGGUACAAGAGUUUGGUAUUGACAAGAAGAACAUGUUUGCUUUCUGGGACUGGGUUGGUGGAAGAUAUUCUCUUUGGUCAGCCAUUGGCUUGUCGAUUGCUGUGUAUAUUGGGAUGGAAAAUUUUGAAGCAUUGCUUUCUGGAGCUCACUUCAUGGACAAUCAUUUCAAGACAGCACCGAUUCAGUCUAACAUUCCAAUUACACUUGCUCUUCUUGGUAUAUGGUACAACAACUUCUUUGGAGCGCAAACACAUGCCAUCCUGCCAUAUGAUCAAUACAUGCAUCGAUUCCCAGCCUAUUUCCAACAGGGUGACAUGGAAUCAAAUGGCAAAUUUGUAGCAAGGAAUGGAGAGGUCGUAAAUUAUUCAACUGGUCCAAUCAUCUGGGGGGAACCAGGAACAAAUGGACAGCAUGCUUUCUACCAACUAAUUCAUCAAGGAACAAAGAUGAUUCCAGCAGACUUUCUUAUUCCUGUGCAUACUCACAAUCCAAUCGCCAAGGGUAUCCACCAUGAGAUAUUGCUUUCAAAUUGGCUUGCGCAAACAGAAGCACUUAUGAAAGGAAAAACAAAAGAGGAAGCGAGAGCUGAGCUAGAGAAAUCGGGUCUUAAAGGUGACAAGUUGGAACAUAUUUUGCCCCACAAGGUAUUUGAAGGGAACAAACCAACAAAUUCCAUCAUUUUCACCAAAUUGACACCAUUUAUGCUUGGCAGUUUGAUUGCCAUGUAUGAGCACAAGAUCUUUACUCAAGGUGUCAUUUGGAAUAUAAAUUCUUAUGAUCAGUGGGGUGUUGAGCUUGGGAAGCAACUUGCAAAAGCUGUACAAGAAGAUUUAAAAGAUAGUUCAAAAGUGACAUCCCAUGAUGCAUCAACAAAUGGAUUGAUUAACUUCAUCAAGUGUCAUAGAGGAUGAACACAUGGAUAUAUCAAGUUGCUUUUAAGUCUUAUUUAUAUCAGCUUGGCUCCAUAAUAUAUUUUUCAUUAAACACUUGCACAAUUAAAAUGCACAAACAUUAAUUGCAAAUGUAGCAAAAAGAAAUGCUUGUAUUUUUACAUCAUAUUUUUAUUUCAAUUUGAUUUCUCUUGCAAUGACUUUCAUCAGAGAUGA